AAGUGAUGGGCAUGAUGGGCAUGUGAGUUCCUAGUCUCAGACAUGACACAUGACCACUCUCUCGGCUCUCUCGUUUCUCGUUUCCUCUCUCUCUGUCAAAACUAACAAACAAACAAAAAGUACGGUAAGUGUCAAACGAUUUCGAGAAGAUGAAUGAUCACUUGAAUUACGUCGUUGAAGAGUACUAUUAACGUACAGUCCGAAUGUCUUCGCACUCGCAGAAUUCGCCUCGUUACGAGGAAAUCUCAGACGAUGAUACUCUGGGUACUUCUAUCAGUCUUAGCGUAGGAGAGAAUUCGAUUCGAAUAAAAGAGAAAUCUAAAGGAAAAAAAGAUCAGGAAGAGAAACAUGAUGAAGGGAAAUGGUGGCUGAAAAAACCAGAUACCUGGCUCGACGUUCCUCAGGCUAUUGCCGUAGAUGUGAACGCAAAACAGUCCCCAUCUCCCUCGCCUGAUGUUAGUUCAUCUAUGAAAGAAUUCCUUGAAAAGGAAAAGAUGUGCAAAGCUAUGCAUAAGAAUGAGAUUGAAACGAAAGAGAAAGAUGACACGUUAUGCGAUAUUUUGGCAUCUGCAGCUUUCGACAAAUAUCCUUCUGAUUUUGAGAAUGCGACUGACGACGAUAUAGGUAGUAUUUUAGAAGAAAUGAGUAAGAUCGCUGGAGCAUUCAGCCCAAAUUCAGCUACUGAUCGAUCGAAGUCCAGGAACUCAAUCAAAACUCUUACGGAAGAAGAGAAGUCUGUGGAAGAACUGUUAGAGGAGGCAGAAAAACUUGUGAGAAAGAAUAGUAGUAGUUUAUCUAAGAGUGGAUCAAAAUCUGAGACUUUAGUACCUGAGAAUAUCACAGAAGAAAACGUAGAGAGUCUUAGCAGGGUUAGGCAAUUAGAAGCAGAUAUCUUUCAACUGAUAGAAGAAGAGGUGCACAAGGAGACUGAAAAAAUCAAAAAGAGUCCGAGGAACGAGAAGAAGAGAGACGGCAGUCCCGGGAUCGAAAUUUUGUACGAGAACUUGAAUAGUUUCAAAUCUCCGAAGACUUUGGAAUUACAGAAGAGAAAAUUCGAGGAACAGAAGGUAGAGGUGUCUAGCAGUUCCGAUUUAGACGAUCCAAUUGAGAAACACUCCAAGUCGGAAGAGUUGAAGAGUACAAGGAAGAUAGAAUCGGACAAGGACAAUUUACAAAAAGAGAUAACUGACGUGGAUAAGGAUUUUUUCGAAGAUUUAUUGAGGAAGUCCAAGGAAAAAGCCGAAGGUAAUAUGUCCGGCAGUUCGAGCUUCGGACAAGAGGAUUUCUCGCACUUCUUGAAACUUCUGCAAGGCCAGACCGAUAAAAGAGAACAAGGAUCGGCCGAACCUAAUCCCGUCCAUCCUUUCCUUUCGAAACCUGAGAACGAAAGGCUGGACGGGGAACCAGCGAACACUAAUAGUCCCGUGUUUCCCGAGAAGGAAAUUUCCGACAUAUUAAACAAGGAGCUACCUCAGGAGAAACCAAAAGUCGUGCACGAAAUCGUGGAUUCGGAUUCUUCGAUGAAAGACGAGGAACAGAAGCAACCUGAAGACAUUAGCAACAAGAAUGAAUCGAAGACGUCUCCGAAGAUUAGUAAGAAAGAAUCUACUUCUAAAGAAGAAUUAUAUACAGUUGAUCUCACACCAAGAUUAGAAUUAUUUGCAGACGCGAUUCCGAAGUUAUUAGCCGAGAAAUCGACGAAAGACGCGGCGCAACAAAACAAGGAAGAGUCUGCGGAAGAACCGAAGGCAACGGUACGGAAAACAAUCUCGAGCAUCGAAAUCAAAUCUAGUAGUAGCAUCCCAAGCACUCAUCGUAGUACCGUGGAACGAAAAUCCGUUCACUCGGCUGGUACAUCGGUGACGAGCAACAAAUCGCAGAAGAAGGAGUUGAAGUUCUCCAAGUCGAAGAGUUACGAUCAGAUUUGCAAGCCACCGUUCAGGGCUUCGGUAGAAAAUCUGAGGAAACCUUCGGAUGCCACGAAGAAACCUUCUAAUUGUUUAAUUAGACGGUCGCCAACGCUGAAGCCGAAGUUGCAGCCGACGGUGAAACCACUCGCGAAACUUCCAGCAAAACCUAAAACAUCCUUCAAGCCAAAGAAAGAUCCCGUCAAGAGUAGUUCCACUCUCACUUUGUCUUCCAUUUACAAAACCAAAUCGCCGGAAACUUACGCGAGAACAAUGGCUGGUGGCGAUACGAAAAGUAAUUUAAUGAAAACGAACUGGGAACUCUUGUGCCGUGAAGAGAGGCAUAAAAAUGCGUUGCUGAAACAACAAUUGGAUUCAGAGGUGAAAACGUACAAGACUCAAAUCGACAAUAUGCGCAUCACUUUUGAGGAGGAAUUAUUUGCAUUGAAGAAGCAGAAUAUCAUAUUAAAAGCAAAGGUAGACGAGCUCUCCCUGAACGAGAAGCGUCCCGAUCCUCAGCCGAAGAAAGACACGAAGAUCAUGCUCUUGGAGAAGGAACUACAGAAGCAAGAGAAUUUGAUUCAAGCAUACGAAACAGAGAACAAAAAACUGAUGCAAGAUACGAAGAAGAUGCAGGAGGAGAUGAAGCAGUUGCAGAAGCAGAAAAGCACUGCUGUUGAGUCGGGCAAGAUGCAAGAACUCGCGGAUAAAGUAAAGGAUUUGCAGGAGCAGACUCUGAAGUUAAACCUCGAAGUUACAGAUCUCCGAGAGAAGAACGCUGAUUACUUACUGAAGAACGAAGACCUCAGUCAACAGAACAGUUUACUGAACGACGAACUGGAGAUGUUCAAGGAACAAUUGAGAGCGAAGAGUAAUUUCAUCGCUGAUAGAUUGCAAGCAACGACCACCGCCGAGUUGGAAUUUAAGAAACAAGUCGAAGACUUGAGCGUGAAAUUGAGCUCGAAGACAGAACAAUUGAAGAUAGUGAAACACGAGUUCGAUAGGAUUCAACAGAACAUACUUCCGUUGGAGAAAGAACUUCUAGAGUUAAGAGUAAAAGAAGGCAACCUUCAAGAAAAAUUACACGUGUCCAGGAGUCACGUGGAACGCGAGAAGCAGUUGACACAGAAGUUGAAAGACCAGGUGAUCCUCGAUAGCAAGAAGAUAACAGAUUUGAACAGACAGAUUCGUGAGAUGGAGAGGAUACUUAAAAGAAAGAACCCAGAUUCUGUAUCCGCGUUGAUAUUGACCGCGAAUUCGGAGCAGGAGAAAAUCGGUUCGGAAAAGGUGAAACUGUUGGAAGAACGGAUAGCUAGUCUAGAGAACGAGAUCAAAGCGAAGGAUGAAUUGGCGCAACAGAAACUGGUCGAAUUCCAAAAGAAAUUCUCGGACAUGAAGGAGAAAUACUCGACGCAGAUCAUGGAACUCGAGGGAAAAUUGUUGGAGGCUAACAUAAAAGAACAAAAAGUGUGCAACGACAUGUUUACGCAGACCACGUUGAAAGUUGUGGAGAAUAAAGGAGUGGAAACUCUCAGGAAGGAAGAGAGAGCGGGAUCUUUUGAAAAAGAUGAGAAGAAGGAUCAGAGAUCAGAGAAAACCAUCAAGGCUGUUCCGAAGACGCAGAAUUGUAAGGAAGACGCGUAUCUUAUGGCAACGAUCCGUGGAUUGAAAUUAGAGCUCGCGAGUAAAGAUAAAGCGCUUUCGAAAUUGACCAAGGAGUUCCAGGAGGUGCAGAAAACGAAUAGGAGAUUGCAGAAGGAAAGGGAGAAACUGUUGAACGACAGAAGAUCCGUGAAGACGGACUUUGACCGGAUGAACCGCGGCAUGGUGUCCUCCGAUUCGAAGUUACUCAAUCUGAAGUUCACCGAUGGGAACGAUCAGAACUCGAACAUUUAUCAGAACGGGCACGUAUCCGAUGCUAACUCUCAACGAUUGUCCGCCUCCGUGCAUAAGCUUUACGAUCCGAUGCAAUACACCGAGAACGGGGAUUCGAAUUUGGUUAAGAGGCUGACGGACGAGAACGACAUUCUGAAAGAGGAACUCAAUAAAAUGAACAAGGACUUCAUGGCUUUGAAGAAUAAGAGACUCCACGAUUUGAAUCUCUUGCAGGAGGAACACGAACGGGAAAUGGCGACACUGCUUAAGGAGUAUAGCGUGAAGUUCGGAGACUCUAAAGUGGUAAAGUUACAGGGUCAGAUAAAUACACAAGUGGCUGUGAUAACUCACUUGAAGCAACAGAUCGAAAAACUGAGGGAUUACAAAGAACAGGUCGUCGUGUUGAAGGCUGAAAGGGAUCACUUGGAGGAGAAAGUAAAGACUUUGAACGAAAAAGUCAAGUACUUGUCAACGCCGAGCACGGAACAGUUGCAGUUGCUGCAGGACAAGAUAACGAUCCUUCAGCAGCGGCACGAGAGCCGUGAGAUGACAUUGCAAAGUUUGGUGCGCGAUUUGCUCAGAAAUAGAACCCAGUGUAAGGACUGUAAGAAUGAGAAGGGUAAAAAUCGACAAUUAUGCUAUUUCCGUAAAGAGCUCGACCAUAUCCUAGGCAUGCUCCAAGAGAUCGCCAACGUUCAUUAAUGAAAUGAACUAGACUAGACGGGUGCCGAGCGGUGCUCGUGAGACGAUCCGCAGAUCGAGAGAUCGAUUGGCGGUGAUCAACAAUUUCUUCGCAAUCGGGCAUUGUGAUAACUCGGGUAGAUCCGAGUGUGUUAGAUCGAAUCAUUAGGUUUCUUUGUUAGGAGAUAAUUGACGUUGUUAGGCACUUCAUACGUGUGUUAGCCACAUUUAAAAGAAAAGUUUGGUCGAUGUUUUUUAUCGACCCUUCGUGAGAAGUGACAAGAUCAGUCAUUCAUGGUCGCUUUUGCAAUAUGUUUUAGUCAUUCUUAUAAUCGUAAGAUUACGGAGUAUAUAAUUCAGUGAAAUCAUAUCGAUCCUGGGGAAAGUUCGCGCAAAAUGAUCGACUGGGAUCACUGCCAAAGUUAGAAACAAAAGAGAACAAAAACAGUGGAAUAAAUAAAAGGAGUUACCGUUUUAUCGUAACUUCUCGACAUUCCUAUUUUUGCCACUCGUGCGUGCGACACGCACGAGACUACGUCCAAUAUAGUCAGUUUAACAAAAGUAUGAUAAUUAGUCGAAUAUCAAACGAGAACUGUAAUAUUUUGAUCUAUAUUUAAUAAGAGGCAGACUUUUUAUUUUAUCUAAUAACGUAGGAUUAAAAUCUGAAAAUAAAAAUGAAUUAAGAUCAACUCGACUGCUUCCAAUCCGGAAACUAUUUAGCUUGUACUUACUCUCGGGAUUAUUCGACGAGAUCUCUGAUAGGUAGACAAAAUGUAGUGGAAGUAACUUUGACCCUCUAUAAUAAAAAUUAUAAUCGAUCAGUAACAAUUAAUUGUGAUAGGAACAAAAGAUAUUUGGCCAAAAUAAAUUACAGAAUAGUUUCCAGGUGAUUUACAACGCGUAAUAGAGGGUUGGGGGAAAUAAGAGUAUCUUCCAAAGUCGCGUAGGAUUUAAUUUUUUAUAUGAGGCUUUAUCAGGAUAAUAAGCGCGUCGUACUAAUCGCGAUAAUUGUAUUUAUUUCACUAUUUAUAACUCAAUCAUUUUUCGCCAUCAACGAAUCCAUCUUCAAUCGAGUCGUCCACUUGUAUUGUAUUAUACAUAUAUUUAUAUACACUUUAGGGAGUGAAUGAAUUCAUUAAAGGUUUUAGUGGUCACGUAUACGCACGAUAUUUGAGAUUCCAUACGAAUGAGGCACAUGCAUAUCGCACAACGUCGACGUAUCCUAGUACUGAAGGAUCGUAAUCAGUAAUUGGUUUUACAAGGUGAUCGUAGUGUGCAGUUGUUUUCGUUCAGGUCCUGCCUGUCUUAUCGAAUCAUUGUAAUCAGAGUACAGUUACUUAUUCAAGACUGGAUAUACGUCGAGAUCGCAGCAUUUUUUAAAAUAUAAUUACUUUUAAGCCAUCGACAGCCGCAAUGUACAAACCCAUGAGAUUAUGACUUUAAUAAAUUUACUUCUCGUCUCUUUGAUCA